CUCAAGUUAUGUUCAUUUGGACAAUUUUUUCAUUUUUAGGCACGACCAAAAGUUAUCAUUUUACAUAGUUUACUAAUUCUGCUGAGAGUUGAUGAGAACUAAAAAAAAAGAAAAAAAAAGAUUACCUUUUGAUCGAUCGAGUGGACAUUAAUUGAAUUCAUGAUGGAACCAAAUCUUAACAAUUUUAGAGGUAGUAUGAGGGGAAGUUUAAGGGCAAAUUCUAGCAACUCGAUAUUUUCGCGUUCAACAAGAGAUGAGGAUGAUGAAGAAGCUCUUAAAUGGGCUGCUUUAGAAAAAUUACCUACGUUCGAUCGGAUGAGAAAAGGUUUAUUGUUUGGAAAAGAAGGUGAAACUGUUACUGAAAUUGAUACAAAUGAUAUUGGACAUCACGAAAGGAAGAAUUUACUUGAUAGGCUUGUUAAGGUUGCUGAUGAAGAUAAUGAGAAGUUCUUGUUGAAACUCAAGAACAGAAUUGAAACAGUUGGGAUUGAUUUGCCAUCAAUAGAAGUGAGAUAUGAGCAUCUAAAGAUUGAAGCAGAUGCAUAUGUAGGAAGCAGAGCUCUGCCUACUUUUAUCAACUUCAUGACCAACUUUGUUGAGACAUUCUUGAAUACUAUUCACAUACUUCCAAGUAGAAAGAGGCAAAUAACAAUUCUCAAAGAUGUAAGUGGGAUGAUUAAGCCUUCAAGGAUGACUCUACUUUUGGGACCUCCAAGUUCUGGAAAGACUACUUUGUUAUUAGCUUUGGCUGGAAAACUUGAUCCUACUCUCAAGGUUACUGGGAAUGUGACUUAUAAUGGACAUGAACUACAUGAAUUUGUUCCACAAAAAACAGCUGUUUAUAUCAGCCAACAUGACUUGCAUAUUGGAGAAAUGACAGUAAGGGAAACUUUAGAAUUUUCUGCAAGAUGCCAAGGAGUUGGCCCUAGAUAUGAGAUGUUGGCUGAACUAUCAAGAAGAGAGAAAGCAGCUAAUAUCAAACCAGAUCAUGAUAUUGAUAUCUACAUGAAGGCUUCAGUAACGAAAGGACAGGAAGCGAAUGUUGUUACAGAUUAUGUUCUUAAGAUUUUGGGAUUGGAUGUCUGUGCUGAUACUAUGGUGGGAGAUGAAAUGUUAAGGGGUAUUUCAGGGGGGCAAAAGAAACGUGUAACAACGGGUGAAAUGCUUGUUGGACCAUCAAAGGCGCUUUUCAUGGAUGAAAUCUCAACUGGAUUAGACAGUUCAACUACUUUCUCCAUUGUCAAUUCGCUAAGACAAUCUGUGCAGCUCUUGAAGGGAACUGCUGUGAUAUCUCUGUUGCAGCCAGCCCCUGAGACUUACAACUUGUUUGAUGACAUAAUUCUGUUGUCAGACGCAUGCAUUGUCUAUCAGGGCCCUCGGGAAUCUGUUCUUGACUUCUUUGAAUCCAUGGGAUUCAAAUGCCCCGAGAGGAAAGGUGUGGCAGAUUUUUUGCAAGAGGUAACAUCAAAGAAGGAUCAACAACAAUAUUGGGCUAAGAAGGAUGAGCCUUACAGGUUUAUCACAUCAAAAGAAUUUGCUGAGGCAUAUCAGUCUUUCCAUGUUGGAAAGAAACUUGCCGAUGAGCUUACAACUCCAUAUGACAAGACCAAAAGCCACCCUGCUGCUUUGUCUACUCAGAAGUAUGGUAUAGGGACGAAACAAAUGUUGAAGGUCUGCGCUGAACGAGAAUUCCUACUAAUGAAGAGGAACUCAUUUGUUUACAUAUUCAAGCUCUUUCAGCUAGUGGUAAUGGCACUUAUAAUGAUGACCGUCUUUCUCCGUACUAAUAUGCCCCGAGAUAAUAUGGAUGAUGGAGGGAUGUAUGCUGGUGCUCUCUUUUUCGUGGUCGUUGUGAUUAUGUUUAAUGGAAUGGCUGAGAUCAACCUGACGAUUUUAAAGCUUCCAGUCUACUUCAAGCAAAGGGACCUUCUUUUUUAUCCUUCAUGGGCUUAUGCCCUUCCGACAUGGAUUCUCAAAAUCCCAAUAACAAUUUUUGAAGUUGGUCUUUGGACAUUUCUUACAUAUUAUGUCAUGGGAUUUGAUCCGAAUGUUUCAAGAUUGUUCAAACAAUUCUUGCUUCUCGUACUAGUACACCAGAUGGCAUCGGGACUGUUCAGAUUCAUUGGCGCAGCAGGGAGAACAAUGGGAGUUGCUACCACAUUUGGAGCAUUUGCACUGGUUUUGCAAUUUGCAUUGUCUGGUUUCGUCCUCUCGAGAAAUGAUGUGAAGAAAUGGUGGAUCUGGGGUUACUGGAUCUCACCAUUAAUGUAUUCUGUGAAUUCAAUUCUUGUGAAUGAAUUUGAUGGAAAGAAGUGGAAACAUAUUGCGCCGAAUGGAGCUGAGCCACUUGGACAUGCAGUAGUAAGAUCUCGAGGAUUCUUUCCAGAUGCAUAUUGGUACUGGAUAGGUGUUGGGUCACUUAUUGGAUUCAUAAUAAUCUUCAACCUCUGCUACAGUAUUGGACUCGCUUACCUAAACCCUUUUGGUAAGCCACAAGUUAUGAUAUCAGAAGACGAUGAAAAUGUUCGACUCAUUGAGGGAACUGAAACUGAGAGCCCGGACAAGAAGAGGGGAAUGGUUCUUCCAUUUGAACCGCAUUCUAUCACUUUCGAUAACGUUGUAUACUCUGUUGACAUGCCUCAGGAAAUAAAAGACCAAGGUUCCACUGAAGAUAGAUUGGUACUUUUAAAAGGUGUGAGUGGUGCUUUCAGGCCAGGUGUUCUCACAGCUUUGAUGGGCGUUAGUGGAGCCGGUAAAACAACAUUGAUGGAUGUGUUGGCCGGAAGAAAAACAGGAGGAUAUAUUGAUGGUGACAUCAAGAUUUCUGGAUAUCCGAAGAAGCAAGAAACGUUUGCACGUAUAUCUGGAUAUUGUGAGCAGAAUGACAUCCAUUCGCCUUAUAUUACAGUUUAUGAGUCCUUGGUUUACUCAGCUUGGCUGCGUUUACCUCAAGAUGUUGACAAAAACAAGAGAAAGAUGUUUGUUGAGGAAGUUAUGGAACUUGUGGAGCUAACUCCCUUAAGAUCAGCCUUAGUCGGAUUGCCAGGAGUCAAUGGUCUAUCAACCGAGCAACGGAAAAGGCUGACCAUUGCAGUUGAACUGGUAGCAAACCCCUCUAUCAUUUUCAUGGAUGAACCAACUUCAGGAUUGGAUGCAAGAGCUGCUGCCAUUGUAAUGAGAGCUGUUAGGAACACUGUCGAUACAGGAAGAACCGUCGUCUGUACUAUUCAUCAGCCUAGCAUUGACAUUUUUGAAGCCUUUGAUGAGCUAUUUCUAAUGAAACGAGGAGGACAGGAGAUAUAUGUUGGUCCUCUGGGUCGCUAUUCUUGUCAUUUGAUCAAAUACUUUGAGUCAUUGCCUGGAGUUAGUAAGAUAAAAGAGGCUUACAAUCCAGCAACUUGGAUGUUAGAAGUCACAGCCGCAUCUCAAGAAAUGACGUUAGGAGUUGACUUUGCUGAUUUGUACAAGAAAUCAGACCUCUACAAGAGGAACAAAGCCUUGAUUUCUGAAUUAAGUACGCCUCGUCCUGGUACAAAGGAUCUGCAUUUUGAAACUCAAUUUUCACAGCCUUUCUGGACUCAAUGUAUGGCAUGUCUCUGGAAGCAACAUUUGUCAUACUGGCGUAAUCCAUCUUACACGGCAGUUAGAUUCAUCUUCACAGUCAUCCUAGCACUUGUCUUUGGCACAUUGUUCUGGGAUCUUGGUACCAGAGUGAGUCGGAGCCAGGAUCUUUUAAAUGCUAUGGGAUCUAUGUAUGCUGCAACUCUCUUCCUCGGUGUACAAAAUUCAUCAUCAGCCCAGCCUGUUGUAGCCGUUGAGCGUACUGUAUUUUACAGAGAAAGAGCUGCUGGAAUGUAUUCUGCUUUACCUUAUGCCUUUGGACAGGUUGUCGUUGAAAUACCUUACGUAUUUGUACAAGCAGCUUUCUAUGGUAUAAUUGUGUAUGCAAUGAUCGGAUUCGAAUGGACUGUUGCCAAGUUCUUUUGGUACUUAUUCAUCAUGUAUUUCACUCUCUUGUACUUCACCUUCUAUGGCAUGAUGACUGUGGCUAUUACCCCGAAUCAAAACGUUGCUUCUAUAGUCGCGGCUUUCUUCUAUGCAGUAUGGAAUCUCUUCUCAGGAUUCAUCGUUCCACGACCUCGUAUUCCAAUAUGGUGGAGAUGGUACUAUUGGCUUUGCCCUGUUGCGUGGACCUUGUAUGGUCUUGUUGCAUCACAAUUCGGAGACCUCCAAAAUAUGCUUAGCGAUGAUGAAAAUGUGGAACAAUUCUUGGGGCGUUAUUUUGGAUUUGAGCAUGAUUUUCUUGGAGUCGUUGGAGCAAUUAUCGUUGCAUGGCCUGUUGUUUUCGCCUUCCUGUUUGCAUUUGCCAUUAAGGCAUUCAACUUCCAGAAAAGAUAAAGAGAGUUCACUUUCCUAACAACUUGAGAGAAAGAAGAGGAUACAGAACUACAAUGUACCGUUCACUUUUUGAAGAUUGUUUAUAUACUUUUUGGUUUCUUCUUUAAUCCCAAGUUUUUUUAUACAAACAAAUAAUUUGCUUAGUAAUAUAUGAAAAUAUACAAGGAAU